AUGCAACGACUGUACCUCAAUUUUGGGGAAAGACUUUCACAGGUGUACAUCAACCCGUACUCCGUGGCCACGGCGGUGGUGCUUGUGAAGGUCAUCUUACUUCGCAAUCUGGUGAUCUCGCUGUUGUCAGAUGCCGUCGAUAAUACCCAGUUGUGUACUCCAGAAAACACCAAUAUGCUUCGAGAAGCGUCCAAAUCGCUUCUGCGGACGCUGGAGUCGAUUAUCACCCUCACCGCAAAUACUAACUUAUACUUGUUCACCCUUUUCAUUGAGGUGGUUAAAGCAACCGUCAUCUUUGCCUUUGAAGUGUUGCUUGGUACCUAUACUUGUUUGCUUUCUGCUCUUGUUGAUGCUAGUGCCAAUUUUGCCCUUGAUGCCGGUACCGAUAUGAUCAUCGCCGUCAAUACGACCAUUGUUGCCGCUGCUGAAGGCAUUCAAGAGGGAGUACAAGGGUUAGAGGAUGUACUUAAUUCGAUGGCCGAUGGGUUAGACGCCAUCAAGAACUUCUUUACCGGUUCAAUCCUGGAGAAUAGUUCCCAGUACCAUCAGAUGAUUGACCUUAAUGUUGACGCCUUGAAAAGCGUAAAGAUUCCUUCUCUGGUGACUGACUCUAUUGAAACGUUCCGCAAUGACACGUUACCUGAUUUUAGUCUGCUUCUGGAUGAUAUCAGUAAAGCCAUAGCGCUUCCCUUUGAUGCAGUACAAAAGUCUAUUGCCAAUGCCCUUAAUCAAACCGAUGUGGAAACAGUACCACCGUUGAAUGUGGUUGAUCCCAUGUGUGAAUUGGACCUCGACUCUCAUACCAAGAAGUUGGUUAAAACCAUUGAAGUCACGUCGAAAUGGAUUAUUAUCGGGCUUUCUUUAGUAUUGGCAGCAUUGUUAUUGGUGGCAGCUUACGAAACUUAUAGUUUUUGGCGCCGCAAACAAGCACAACUUAAAGAGAUGGCGACCACUUCAAUCCAAGAUAACGUCGUGUUUCGCUACGAUAACCCUAUAGUAUAUUGGGGUCAUCGAUUACGUCUUCUUCCAUCAAACACACUGAUGUGGGUCACCGAGUAUAUGGCACUGCCUCCAGCAUUGACGAUAUUGUUCAUUGGGGUUGUCGGUCUAUUAUCAUGCUGGCUUCAAAUGACGAUGAUUAACACCGCGGCUCAAGCGAUCCGCCAGUUCUCAAACGACACUGCCGAUUCACUCGCAUCGCCAGACUUUACCGGGCUGCUUAAACUGUAUGUUGACGACACCAACUCGGUGAUCGCCAGUGCCGAGUCCAAUCUCAAUCAAAGCGUCAUUGGUCACGUUCAAGAGUUCACUUAUGAUCUCAACAAAACGGUUCUGACGUUUUGGGAUACGCUUAAUGGCACUGUCAACGCCAUCUUUGGUAAUACACCGGUGAUAGGUCCGGUGGUGUCGACUGUGGUCUACUGUACUAUUGGUCGUAAAGCCGAACUGAUUGAGUCGGGGCUCACAUGGAUAAAUCACCACAUUCAUGUGAAUAUCCCCAGAUUUGGUGAGGAUGAACUAGACGGGUUUGCUGAUGCCAUGGGCAAGGAGAAGAGUAGAUCAGUACUAAUAUCACCAAUGGAAAAGGCACUACAAUGGCACAAAGACGCCGUGAUCACUGAGGCCUACGUUCUGGCAGCGUUUGUCGGUCUCUGGGCUUUCCAAGGUGUCGUUGCCAUCACUUUACUCAGCAUCUACCGUUUUAUGCAAAAACGAAACACCAUUAAAUAUUAA